AUACGCAAUUAGUUGGGUUUCUCACUUUGGCUCUUCCCACUUCCCAAUCGCUACAAAAGAUCCCAUUUUUGUUAUUUUUUGUUCUUCUUUAACACACCUCCCCUGAGUCAACUCGUUCCUCUCUCUCUUUCUAAAUCUCUGAAUUUUUUACCCCUUUUUGUAGCUCUUCAAGUUUUGUUCUAUGGAGAUUUCUGGGUUUCUUCUUGUUUUCUAAAGAACUAACUACAUUUUCGAUUUUGAAGAGGUUUCUGGGGGUUCCCUUUGAAUUUCCUUAUGGGGUUUUAGUUGUGAGGGUUCGAGGGUGUAAAAUGAGUUCGAAGAGGAAGAAGGAAUUGGGAGACUUGGACGAGUCCAAACGGGCUGGUUCGAUCUUCCCAGAUGAGGUUUUGGAAAGGGUUUUGAGUUUGGUUAAGUCCCACAAAGAUAGGAGCUCUGUAUCUCUGGUUUGUAAAGAUUGGUUCAACGCGGAGCGAUGGUCGCGAACCCAUGUUUUUAUCGGAAAUUGCUACUCUGUUUCGCCGGAAAUUGUAGUCCGACGGUUCCCCAACAUUCGGAGUGUGACGCUGAAAGGGAAACCCAGAUUCUCGGAUUUCAAUUUGGUGCCUCCCAAUUGGGGUGCUGAUGUUCAUUCAUGGCUCGUUUCCUUCGCUUCAAAAUACCCAAUUCUUGAAGAGUUGAGGCUCAAGAGGAUGACUGUUACUGACGAGAGCUUGGAAUUUUUGGCUCGUUCCUUCCCAAAUUUCAAAGCGCUUUCAUUGAUGAGCUGCGAUGGUUUCAGCACCGAUGGGCUCGCCGCCAUUGCCACUCACUGCAAGAACUUGACGGACCUUGACAUACUUGAGAAUGAUAUCUAUGACAAAAGUGGAAGUUGGCUGAGUUGCUUCCCAGAUACCUUGAAAUCUCUGGAAGUACUCAACUUUGCAAGUUUGAACAGUGAUGUCAGUUUCGAGGCGCUCGAGAAGCUAGUAAAAAGGUGCAAAUCAUUGAAGGUUUUGAAGGUUAAUAGGAACAUAAACUUGGAACAGUUGCAGAGGCUGCUUGUACAUGCUCCUCAGUUAACGGAGUUAGGCACGGGUUCUUUUUCGCAAGAGAUCACUCUUCGGCAGUACUAUGAUCUCGAACACGCCUUUAAAAAUUGCAAUAAUCUGCAUACUCUGUCUGGUUUAUUGGAGUCGACAGUGUUGUAUCUCCAAGUUCUGUUUCCUGCCUGUGCGAAUUUAACUUUCUUGAAUCUGAGCUAUGCUACGCUACACGGUGGUGAACUUGCUGGACUUCUUUCGCACUGCCCCGUUCUUCGUCGCCUUUGGGUUUUAGACACAGUUGAAGACAAGGGCCUGAAGGCUGUUGGACUAAGUUGCCCGUUGCUAGAGGAGCUCCGUGUAUUUCCAGCCGAUCCUUAUGCUGACAAUUUGGUUCACGGUGUAACCGAGUCGGGGUUUCUUGCUGUCUCGUAUGGCUGCCGUAAACUCCAUUACGUUCUCUACUUUUGUCGCCAGAUGACGAAUGAGGCUGUAGCCACCAUUGUGCAGAACUGCCCAGAUUUCACCCAUUUUCGUCUCUGCAUUAUGAACCCUUGUCAACCAGACUAUCUUACAAAGCAACCAAUGGAUGAGGCAUUUGGUGCAGUCGUGAAAACUUGCUCUAAGCUACGUAGACUCGCUAUUUCGGGCUUGCUAACGGACUCAACAUUUGAAUACAUCGGGAAAUAUGCGAAAAAUUUGGAAACGCUCUCAGUGGCUUUUGCUGGAACCAGUGACUGGGGAAUGCAGUGUGUUAUGAGUGGUUGUCCAAAGCUGAGAAAACUGGAGAUCAGAGACAGCCCAUUUGGAAAUGCAGCUUUGCUUUCUGGUUUAGAGAGGUACGAAUCCAUGAGAUCGCUAUGGAUGUCAGCUUGCAAGGUGACGAUGAACGGUUGUCGAGUUUUGGCAAAGCAGGUGCCAAGGCUGAACGUUGAGGUCAUUAAGGCCGGUGGGAGUGAUGAAUGCGAGGCUGAAAGUGUUUACGUAUACCGCUCUGUUGCAGGUCGAAGAAGAGACGCCCCGUCUUUCGUUCUCACCCUCUAAUACUUAGGUGAAUGUAGUCAUAGCUGGGGCACCAUAUCCAUGUCAUGGAAAACAAAGAGAGAAAAGUUUCGAGACGGGUUUAAAAUAAAGCUUUAAAGGUCGAUCUCGAGCACCGACAUGGCCAGGCUGAACUGCAGAUGAGUUCUAUCAAAGCACACCCAAAAGAAGUGUUGAAACCAGAAAAAUGGGAACAUGAAGGAACUGAAAUGGAUUGAAAGAGUGUAGUUCUGUUCUGUUCUGUUCCCAUGGAAGUGUCAAAAUCCCAACUGGUUUCUGAGUAAUGAUUGAAUUUCUCAUUUUCCACCAUUU